GGUUUACUUGCAUUUCUUUUCCUACAAAAUUUCUGCGAAAAGCUUUACUGUGUGUUUCGUGCGUGUGAACUGCGGCAUCAACUGGGGAUCUCUACAUCAAGUCUUUCGAAACCGAAAUCAGGUAAUGUAUAUGAACCUCUGAUUUUGAGUUAAUUGAAGUGUCUUUCUUCUUUCUCCCUUUCUGUGAUUGAUUUAGAGUCCGUUGAAGGAAGUUAGGGCUAGAGGUGAGGAGGAUUUUGAAUGUGCAACAAAAGGGGAUUUUUUUUUUUUUUUUAAGGGGAUCCUGACUUAUUCCUCCCCCCUACUUCGUGCAGAGUUUGAGAAAAUGUCGUCAGAAAGAACACAAAGUGUAGUAGGGAAUGAGGCGAUGCCCUUGGACUAUGGGAGCAUGGACUCAGAGAGUAGUCCAUCUCCAUCUAGUUCGGAGAAAACGGUGGAGGGGGUGAGGGGAGAUGAGGUGGUGGAAGUUGGGAGGAAUGAGGUGGUAGGGGUUGGGGUAGAUAGCAUACCCAUUACCGUGGUAGAAGUAGAGGGUAGAGGAGAGAAAGAUUAUGAUGUGAAUGCGGAGAUAGUAGAGGAGGUGAAGCAGUAUAGGUCUGAACUAAGGACCAGGGAUAGCCUGGGUCACUUAGUGGAAAAUUACGAGAUUUCUUCUCGAGUGUUAGUUAGGCCAACUGGGGUAGAGGUGUUCUGCUCCUCGGGACCAUUGGAUGCCCAUAUAUUCCCACUAUCUGAUAGCGGGAUUGAGGGGGGUAGUAGGAGGGAUAAGGGGUGGUAUUAUUUCACCCCUAGGAUAGCCAAGAGGGAGAGUAGGUCCUUGUUCACUGCUAGUCCUUCAUCCAUUAAAGGAUGGAAGGAAAAAUUCUUUUUUGUAGAUGAUACGGAGUGGGAGAGGGGAGAGGCCGAGGUGAGGGAGUUAGCAUCUUGGAAGGCCAAAAAAGCCAACCAGAAUAAAUUUACUUUAAACGAGGAUGAGGAGGAAGAGGUGAGGAAGUUGGUGAGGAAGGGAGGGGAGUUACUAAACAUAAUGGACCUCACCAGCGCACAAUGCAUAGAAGCUGCUGAGCUCUAUGGGCCAAGCGCUUUGAGUGAAGCUGAAAUGGAUCAAUUCUUGAACACUACUGGAGGAGCGGCCAUCCCCAAGAAGCCAAGGAAGAAGUCAAAGACUUCAACCAAGCAAGUGGAUGAGGGGAGGGCUAGGAAGGAGGUAGUGGUCACGGCUUCAGCUGAGAUGGAGGAGGAGGUGCCACAGUUGAAGAGGAAGGGUUGGGAGGAGAGGAGGGCACUGCAGAAGAAGCAGAAGGUGGUGGAAGAGGAGACCGAGAAUGAGGUCCCUCUGCUCGUACCUCAGCCUUCUCUUGUUGAGCUGGACCCUGAGCUCAGACAGUUGGAGGAGGGGGCUGAGGAAGCUCUAAGGUAUGAUGGAGCGUCCGUGGUGAAGCACGUUCUAGAGAGCGCGAGCUGGAAGGAGAAGGAGGAGCUGGGAAAGAAAAAUAAAGAACUGCAAGAGUCGUUGGAUGAGGUGGUUCCAACUGUGAAGCAGUUGGAGCAGGAGAGGUCUUCCCUGAGCACCAAGCUCGUCUUUGAAGAGAGUAAACGAAGGAUCUCAGAAAGCGAGCGUGAGGCUCAGGCGCAAGAACUAAAGAUGACGAAGUAGGCUUUCUUGGAGCUGAAGGAGAAUGUGCAGACUUUGGUGCAUAAUGGAAUGAAGGAGCACAUCAGCA